AUGUCGUGCGUUCUGGUUAGUUCGACCGGAGUCCAGGUGCUUUUGGAGGAUGGACGAGCCGUGUUGUUGGGUCGCGGUCCGGACACCGGAGUUGCCGACAAGAAGUGCUCAAGACACCAGGUGAAGGUGGUGGCUUGCUUUGCAGACCAGGAUGUGGUUAUUACUCAGUUGGGUCCUAAUCCUAGUUUCUUGGAGGGUGAGAAGCUUGGCCGUGGGCACUCUGGUAAACUCAGUCAUGGUGGAACCCUCUACCUGGUAAACAAGCAAUACCAAUUUAAAGUGUGCUUUACUAAGAGCCUAGCUAGAGCUUCUUCCACUACGGUACAAAGAGGGAUCAAAGAUGCAAACAGAAAAAAAGAUGGGAAGAAUGGCAACGACAAAGGGUCACCGUGGAGCCCACCUAAGCGCAGUAUUAAAGAUUUCUUUUCUUCCUCUCCCAUGAAGUCAUCAAAAAGGCCACUUAGCCCAGUGGAAGGGCAUUGUGAUGCAAAGCGCUACAGAGAUGAGGAAGUUGGGAAUAAGGCGGAGGCAAGUGAAGAUGAGGACGAGAAACGAGCAGAAGAAAAGCUCAGGCAGCUCCAGGACUUGGCAGAGACUGCCAUGAGUGAAAGCUGUAACAAGCGCAGCCAACCUGCGUCUACUGCUCUCUCAGCCUGCGUGAAGAGCAUUUGGCAGCAGAUUGGCAGCCUCAUGCUUUAUACGGCGGCAGGCGUCAGAGGAAGUGACAAGAUUGCUGGGUUUGACAUAGAUGGCUGCAUCAUCACAACUAAGUCUGGCAAAGUCUUUCCCACCGCACCAGAUGACUGGAAGAUUCUCUACCCCGAAAUUCAACCUCGGUUGGCCAAUUUAAUCAAGAAAGGAUACAAGGUGGUAUUUUUUACCAACCAAAUGGGGAUUGCUAAAGGAAAAUUGAGACCAGAAGUGUUUAAAUCAAAAGUGGAGGACAUCCUCACAACAUUACAGCUACCUGUGCAGGUGUUUGUAGCAACUGGUCCGGGAAUAUACAGGAAACCAGUGGUGGGAAUGUGGACUCAUUUGUGUGAAAAGGCCAAUGAUGGUGUUCUUGUGGACAAUGCGCAGAGUUUUUAUGUUGGAGAUGCUGCAGGUAGACCUGAGAACUGGGCUCCAGGGAAAAAGAAGAAAGACUUCUCUUGCAGUGACCGGCUGUUUGCUCUGAAUCUCGGCCUGCUGUUCCACACCCCAGAGGAGUAUUUCCUGGGCUGGAAGACUGCCUCUUAUAAUUUACCACAAUUUGACCCUAGGAAACUCGACUCUACAGCCAGGCUCUAUGACCCGCCAUCUGCAUCCCUCACUUCAAGCAAGAGAGAGGUCAUUGUUGCCGUGGGCUUCCCCGCAUCGGGCAAGUCCACAUUCUUCCAAACCCAUGUUAUUCCAAAGGGUUAUGUGUACGUUAACAGGGACACGCUUGGUUCAUGGCAGAAAUGUGUGGCGGCAUGUGAGCAGGCAUUGAAGGAGGGCCGCAGUGUCGCCAUAGACAACACCAACCCAGAUCCCGAGUCUCGCAAACGUUAUUUGGAAGUGGCUAAAGCUGCGGGUGUGUCCUGUCGUUGUUUUCACUUCUCAGCCUCUAUGGAACAAGCCAAACACAACAACAGAUUCCGUGAAAUGGCACCUUCAGACACCAAACAUAUGAAAGUCAAUGACAUGAUUUUCCAGAGCUAUAAGAAACAUUUUGUGGCACCAGCUCUUUCUGAGGGGUUCUCAGAGAUUCUCAGCAUCCAUUUUGUCCCUAACUUCAAAGACAGCCAAUCAGAAAUCUUGUUCAGACAGUUCUCUGAAGGCUGA